GAUGGAAAUGGACAGACUUCAGCCAGACAUCAAAUAUGAGUACUGCGACAGACCAGGAGAAGAUCUAGAAGGGAAUGAAGAAAACGAUGAGAAAACGCUAUCUCAGCUCUGGAGCAGCAUCAAAGCCACGGUUCAGAAAUACAGAAGUAGAGGUUUCAUGUUGAGUGCCGCGUGUCUAGGGCUUAUUUGCGUUUUCUCCAUUCUAGUGCUGCAAAUCCAGAUAAAAGCAGAGAGCGACAUGAAGUCGUGUCAGAAGAACGUUCUUCAAGAAUUUAACGAAACAAUAAACCUGUUGAGGGUCAGUUAUAGUCGAUUAUCAACUGAGAAAGAUCAACUCCAGAACGACUGCAGAACAGACAGAGAAUUAAAACUGAGUUACUUGAACAGAGUCGAAAAAUUGAACAAAACUAUUAACGACAUACAGGAGAGCUAUAGUCGAUUAACAACAGAGAAAGAUCAACUCCAGAACGACUGCAGCUCGGACAGAGAACUAAAACUGAGUUACGUGAACAAAGUCGAAGAGUUGAACAAAACUAUCAAUGACAAUCAAGUGAGUUACAGUCGAUUAACAACAGAGAAAGAUCAACUCCAGAACAGAUUCAACUCCAUCGAGGCCGAACUGAAGAAGAGGAACUCUGAAAAAGGAUAUAGCUUUAUCAAUGACAAGAAGACCUGGACUGAGAGCAGACAGUUCUGCAGGGAUCGUGGUGGAGAUCUGGUUGUUAUCAACAGUGUUGAGGAGCAGAGAUACAUAUCUUCAGUUUUCAAGGAAGGUGUGUGGAUUGGUUUGUCUGAUAUAGACAAUGAAGGGGUCAUGAAAUGGGUGGAUAACUCGGCUCUAACCAAGCAGUUUUGGGUGCAAGGUGAACCGAAUGAUGACCGUGGAAAGGAGGACUGUGUCGAACUGAAUCCUAAAAAACCCAAUGAGAAGAACUGGAAUGAUAUUCCUUGUUCAGAAAAAAGAAAAUGGAUUUGUGAGAAUUAGGUUUCAUCUUUUCUUUGUGACACUGCCUUCGCUUUUAUUUGAGUGUUGUUUUGUAUUUGCAUUAGUUGCUUGCUUAUAGACAUUUUUAGCUUUUAAAAUAUUUUCAACUACCUUCUAUGCUGUAAUCUUUGUUGUGUAGUGCCAUGUGCUGUAGAGUGGAUGUUGAGAUCAAAAUUGUCUAUAAGACAUUGAUAUUAUAUUUAAUUUCUAAAGAUAUAGCUGUGAGGAGUAGGUUAAAAUGUAAGUCUUUGUUCCAGUUUAAUACACAAAUCAGUCACUGGUGACUUGCAACGAACAGUACUGUGUGACGUCUUCACUCCGAGCUCUUGUCGCUGUAUCUACGUCCUUCUGUCAAUAAAGUAUUUCCACCAUACACCCUAAAUAUGCUUCAAUAAAAUUUAAAUCCCGGCGCUAGUCAUUCGGCAGUUUUAUGGAAUAUUCUAUUCUGAUUGGUCAGUUGCAGCAUCCAGUGGUCUAACCUUUCUCAAUGCACAUCGCAUCUCCGUCAUCAUUUAUAAUAUUCAUGAUUCUUUGAAUAUUUAUUAUAAAGUAAGACUUCAAGAGCUUAACAUACACCCACAAAACAGAUCUUCACAUGUUGCUAUCGAUCCUUUUAAGACGUUCUUUAUAACAGGUUAUUUAAUCAAAUAUUCAUCAUAAGAUAGUUACUGUGUGUUUUUCUGUGUUUGUAUGUUUCAAACAGAGAUGCUUGUCUUUAUAUCUUUUGCUGUAUUGUGCCAGUAAGAAAAAUCAGGAAGUCCUUUCAAAUAUGGCUCCACCGUACCCAUAUAUACUCAACUUUAUAAAAUAUAAACAAUAUGUAGUUUAAUAUAACAUCAAUUAUCUGUUUAAUUAGUCACAAUUAUCAUGGAAUCAAUAUUUCUAGAGGUAUUGUGCUCAUUCUAGUCCACUGUCUGUCAAAUCUCACAACAUCAAACAUUAGGAGUGACAUAAAGUCAACCAACAGGAAUGUGAAAGACUGACAGCAUGACCAGACACAUGAAAACUUUGAUAAAAAUCCAGGUUAUCGCCGAAAUAAACAUUUUUGAACUUUGCUUACACACUUUAAAUUUAAAUAUUAAAGUUGUAUUACUUAAA